CUGCAAUCAACUUCAGCGAACAACACUUAUCUUGCAUUUCUCUUGAUAUGCGUAUCUGUCUCUUGCCGACGGAAACCCUACAUCGUAUAUUCACAACUAUCUAUGAAGACUCCAUACCAAUCACUCGUGCUACACUUGCUGCUCUUGCAAGAACUUGCAGGACAUUCAAGGAGCCUGCGCUCGAUAUCCUUUGGAAACGUUUGGAUGGGUUCGAGCCACUCUUCUUGUGCUUGCCUGAAAGUGUUAGAACCAGAAACGUGCAAGGAAAUUUGACACUCAAAAGACCACCCUUCAAAAAAGAGUGGAGGAUUGUUUGCCAAUAUGCACAACGUAUCCACUUUUUGAGCAUUGAUCACACGGCUCUAGACAUCAUAGACGACCGGGUCAUACAGACGCUAGUGUCUACGCCACCACUCACACUGCUGUUACCGAAUCUCCGUACUUUGCGUUGGUGGGAUGAUCGAGAAAGUUUUCUUCCGUUGUUGCGCACCUUGCUUGGGCCAACUAUCACAUCACUGGAGCUUGGCUCUGGCGAUUGGACACCCUCUUUUGCCAGAUCUGCUUUGUUAGCCUCGCUCAGUGCUCGAUGUCCAUUCAUUCGGGAAUUCCGCUGCAUAGGGUACUACGAGGAUUCCCAAGAAAGUUUGGAUGUAAUAUGCGAAGUUGUGUGUGGCUUGCGGAAGCUCUCUCAUUUUGACACAGGAGUCCUUAACACACAAGUGCUUGUUCAUCUGGCUUCCUUAUCGUCGCUGAAGUCUCUUUCCUUCGAGACAUGCGACUUGAACGACAUCCAUCCCAAUUCCACUGCAACAUUUAUCCACCAACUCAAUGACGUGACCAUUUCUACAUCAUCACCCUCUGCUCUCACUCAGUAUCUCAGAAAUGUCCAUUUUCUUUCUUGUCGAUCGGUGACGUUGUUGUUCGAUGGAAACGAUGUGUGGCCACCUUAUGAUCCUUUGGAUAUUCCGGACCUCAUUGUCUCCCUCUCAGAGAGCUUCUCUCCCGAUCUCGAGCAAAUCGUGGUCUACUUCGACUCCCAACUCAAAAUCAAUGAAGAACUAAACAAUCCCCGUUUUGCCAUUGCAUUUGACGCGGUUGCUCCGUUGCUGUCGUUGAGUCGCUUAAAAACAUUGAAUCUCUCUUGGCUCUGUACAUCGGCCAUCGACGAUGGCUCACUCAAGAGAAUGGCACAAUCUUGGCCUCAGCUCGAGGAGUUCCAUUUUGGAGGAGGGAUUCGUUGGCUGAUCCCACCAUCACUCACCUUCAUAGGACUCGUCCACCUCGUACAACAUUGCCGGCGCUUGCAUACCAUUGAAAUGACCUUUCAUGCCAGUUCAAUCGACACCAACAGCGACUUGUUCUCUAAAAUUAUUCCCAAUAAGAAUAUCACAAGCAUAGACGUAGGGAUCUCUCCAAUCGUGGAUUCCCUCAUUGUGGCCUGUCAACUGCAUGCCUUACUACCCAAUUUGACUAGCGUUUUCACCUUCCAAUCGUUCGAGGACAUAUCCCCCCUGCCGGCGCUAUUUGAAAAUCUCGAGGUUGGAUGGGGAAGGGUAGACACAUACCUCGAGGCGCUUACUACAGGCGCAAAGAUAAAAGAUAAAAUAGACCAAAGACCAUAAGGCUAGUCCUUGUUGCUGGCCUGAUAUACUCAGGACCCUGGCCAAUGGUAUACCUAUACCCAACCUAUACCAUUGCAGAACCUUCUUGCUACUUUCAAUUGAGGCUGUCUUCGUGGUAGUCGUCUAUUUAUACCACGACAUCUACACUAUACAUUAUGCACUUGUUCUCCUCGGCAGUCGAUAAUAAUAUCAGUCCGUCUCGAUAUAAUACAUGAAGUAUAACAUAUAA